AUGGCACCACCCGGUUCUGUUUCAUAUGAAGUUUUUAAAACCACGUUAAUAAACAGAGCCUCAGAAUCCCAACAAAAAAUACUUCACCAGCUUCUGAUAUCGGAAGAAUUGGGUGACAAAACGCCGUCCCAGCUUCUUCGGAGAAUGAAACAGCUUCUCGGAGAUGAGACGCUCCCAGAAAAAAUCUUCAAGCAACUUUUUCUCCAGCGUCUGCCCUCCAAUACCCAGGUUGUUCUCGCGUCCACCAGAGAAAACACAUCCCUUGAAGAACUGGCGGAGCUAGCUGACAAAAUAGCCGAAGUACCGCACAGAUACCCAACGGUAUCGACGGUGACGCCAGCCGCUCCCAGUACCAAUCCUUUCCGUGCACAAACCAGUUCUUCAGAGAUUUCGGAUUUGCGUGCAUUAAUGACGCAGCAAGCUGCGCAAAUACAAAUUCUCACAGCCCAAAUACAAGCCCUAAAGUUUAGUCCCCAGCGUCGAAGCACCAGCCGAUCUCGACGAGAUGGCAGACGGUCUCGAAGCCCUAGUGCUACCCGCAACUCACAUGACACGUGUUGGUACCACCGAACAUUCGGAACACGGGCACAAAAAUGUACGGUACCGUGCUCGUUUUCCUCACCCAGUUCGGGAAACGGCACAGCCAGGAAUUGA